AUGUCUGAGCCGACCACCAAUCCCGCUGCCACCUCCUUCUCAGCGCCUACAAUUUCUCUGCCCUUGGGACUGGAAGUAUUGAGGACUUACUCUGGAGCGCUUAUUUGCUUGGAAAUAGUAUUUGGUGGGUUAGUAUGGAUUCUGGUGGCAUCUUCCAAUGUGCCAGUCCCUCUACUGCAAGGGUGGGUGAUGUUUGUGUCUGUAACGGCAUUCUUCCUCUCUUCUGCCUAUCUCAUCCUCCUCAUUACUGGCCUGGCUGACCGAAUCAGUAUUGAUUGGAACUUUUUGGAUGUUUUUUACCAUUUUAUAGCUUUGCUUUUCUAUUUUGGUGCCUUCGUCCUGGAGGCGGCAGUGACGGCAGCCAAUGGAGGUUCCAUUAUCACACCCUUGCCAAACAGCACCGGAACUGUAAUGUGUAUAAACUACCCUCGAGGCAAUGUAUUCACUGUACUGAAUGGCAACCAAUAUAAUAUUAAUGUGGUUGCCACGAUAUUUGCAUUUGUAGUAACACUGUGCUACAGCUGCAGUCUGGUGAUGGCCUUCAGGAGGUGGAGGAUCUAA